GGGCGAGGUUUACUCUCCUCCAUGAUGCCAUAAUUAGAACAUGUUAGUUCUAACUUUCCUUAUCCACACCAACCUUAUAUCAAUUAUUCUAUUUGUUGGAUAAGUCUUUUUUUUUUUGUCUAAUUUUUUGUACUUGUUCUUUUCAACAAUCUUGGUUCAUGGAGUUCAUGUCUUCCUAUCUCUCUAGACAUAUAGAGAGAUGAAAUAGUUAUAAGGGAUAACAAAAGACAAGAGGAAUAAGAAGAAGAAUUUAAGAAAAAAGAACUAAACAUGUUGCAAAGAGCUGCAAGUAAUGCAUAUUCAUGGUGGUGGGCCAGCCACAUCAGAACAAAACAAUCAAAAUGGAUGGAACAAAACCUCCAAGAUAUGGAGGAAAAGGUACAAGCUGUUUUAAAGCUCCUACAAGAAGAGGGCGACUCCUUUAAGAAAAAAGCAGAAAUGUAUUACAAAAGGAGACCAGAACUUAUAAUCUUUGUGGAAGAAUCGUUCCGUGCAUACCGAUCUUUAGCAGAUAGGUAUGAUCACUUAUCAACAGAGUUACAAAAUGCAAACAACACAAUUGCUUCUGUAUGUCCAGAUAGAGUUCCUUAUAUGGAUGAGGACGAUGACGAUGGAUCACCAAGAACACCAAGAAAAAUGCCAGGAGGGUUCAAACCGAAUCUUCCAUUUAUGUCAAAUGAUUCAAAUGUUUCAAAUGUUCCGAAUGUUCCGAAAGUUCCAAAGCCUCCACUCAAAGAUUUAAAAAGUGUCAUAACAACAGCAACAAAGAAACUCAGUGACAAGAAAGCAUCUACAACAGCUUCUAAAGCUCCUAAAUCAGGAUUAAGUAGAAAGGAAGCAAUUGAAGAGGUUGAUAAGCUUCAGAAACAGAUUCUAGCAUUACAAACUGUGAAGGAAUUUCUGAAAAGCUCUUAUGAUAAUUCCAUUGCAAAAUAUUGGGAAACAGAGGGGCAAAUCACGAGUUUACAAGAGAGAGUUUCAAAUUUGCAAGACGAACUUGGUGAAGGUGUUGUUAAUGUUAUUGACGACGAGGAUGCUCGUCGUUUGAUGGCACAACAGGCUCUUAAAUCGUGUCAAGAUGCGUUGGCGCAGUUGCAAGAGAAACAGGCUGUAUCGCUUGAUGAGACCAAAAUUGAAUCUAAAAGAGUAAAGGAAGUGAGGGAAAAGUUAAGUUCCUUCAUGAAUCAACUUGAAUAUAAUCAAACCGAUCAGCAAAAGCCGAGGCCAAAACGAGAUGUAAAAGAAGUAAUAGCAUCAAAAGAUUUGAGUGAAGAUAUUGAUGAGACAAUGACUCAGCAGAGACAAGAGUUACAGUUAUUGCAAGAGAAGAUUAAAGAACAUUUUGAGGCUGACUCGUGUUCAGGUUUAAGCGUGACAGAAAUGGCGGAAAAGAUUGAUGAGCUUGUUACCAAAGUAAUCAGUUUAGAAUCUUCAGUUUCUUCUCAGACAGCUUUGGUAAAGAAUUUAAAAGAUGAAACUGAUGAACUCCAUUCGUUGAUUCGAAUACUAGAAACGGAAAAGGAGAGUUUGAUUAAUGACAAAGUUAAAUUGAACGAGAAACUGAGAGAAAUGGAUGAAAAAAUGGUUGAAUUACAAGAUCUUAGCCAAGUUGCUCAAGAUCAGAACAACAACCUUCAAACUCAUUUCACCGAAGCACAUUGUAGUCUCGAUAAUCUCUCAGAGAAAGUCCAAAUGAAGAAGCCGGACGAGGAAGCUGUGGUGAGUGAAAUAUCACAAACAGAAAAGAAUUCAUCAAGAGAAGAUGAACCAAAACAUGCUGUUAAAGCACAAGAUGCAUUGAAUCAAGACAAAGACUUAUUGAAGGAUGAAGCAAAGUCCAAUAAGGCGACUUCUUUGGUAGAAGAUGACCCAAAACAGGAUGUUAAAGCACAAGAUGCAAUGAAUCAAGACAAAGACAUAUUGAAAGAUGAUCCAAAGUCCAAUAAGGCCACUUCUUUGGCAGAAGAUGAACCAAAAAAUGAAGUUAAAGCACAAGACGGAUUUUUUUCUUUUUUUCUCAAAAAAAAAGAUACAUCGAAUGAUGAUGCAAAGUCCAAUAAGGCCACUUCUUUGGCAGAAGAUGAACCAAAACAAGCACAAGAUGUAUUGAAUCAAGACAAAGCCUUAUUGAAUGAUGAUGCUAAGUCCAAUAAGGCCACUUCUAGGGAAGAAGAUAUUUUAAAUCCAGAUACUGAAAAUAAAGCUAAGGUCACUGGUUCACAAACAAAAGAAGAACCAACCUCAGUGGAAACGAAAUCUUCUGUAGAGUUGAAAGAAAGAGAAAAGACUCAUGAUAUUAGCAGUAGCAAUCAAAUAAAAUCAAUUGAUGCUGGAAAUCAUGAAAAUGAUUCUAAGGAAAUUUCAUCCGAGACAAAGAGUACUUCAAAAGGAGAUUUUGAUGAGGAAGCAAUAACACGAGAAAAAAAUGCAUUGCUAUUAGAGUAUACUAACACUCUUAGGAAUUAUGAAGAAAUGAAGAGCAAGCUUACUGAAUUAGAGAAGAAAAGUCAAGAUGCACUCUUUGAGUCAUCUUUGCAGUUGAAAGAAUUGAAGACUUCUAAUGCUGUGAAAGAUGAAGAGAUUCGACUCUUACGUCAGAAACUAAGUAUUUUGCAGAAAAGCUUAGAGGGAAAAGAAGAAAUGCGAGAGUUACCACUACCGCAGCCACCAGAAAAUAAUGUUAUGGAAGCAAUGUUGAAGUUAGAAGAAGAAGAAGAAACGAUUUCUGCUGUUGAACAGAAGUUUCGGAUGGGAAUCGACGAACUUCUAGAGGAGAAUCUUGAAUUCUGGAUGAGAUUCAGUGCUUCUUUCACUGAGAUACAGAAAUACGAAGCAACUACAAAAGAUUUACUAGCCGAGGUAAAGAGAAUCGAAGAAAAAUGUAAAUCAAACGAAGGAAGUAGUAGCGUAAAAUAUACAUUGAAAUCAGAUGCAAGACCACUUUAUAAACACCUUUCAGAGAUACAAAAUGAACUUACAAUGUGGUUGGAAAACAGUGCAAUGCUGAAGGAAGAACUUCAACAAAGAUUCUCAUCGUUGUGUGAAAUCCAAGAAGAGAUAACAACGGCAUUGAAAACAAGUGCUGAAGAUGAUGAUAUCAAGUUCACAAGCUAUAAUGCUGCGAAAUUUCAAGGCGAGGUUUUGAACAUGAAACAAGAGAACCAUAAAGUUGCUGAUGAGCUUCAAUCUGGGUUAGAUCUUGUAACAACUCUUCAACUUGAUGCUGAGAGAGCUCUUGCAAAGUUGAAUGAAAGAUUUGGAUUGUCAAAUUCUAAGAGAAGUCAGACGAGAUCUUCGGAUCCGAAGAACAAUGUUCCUCUAAGGUCGUUUAUCUUUGGAGUCAAACCAAAGAAACAAAAACAGUCUAUCUUUUCAUGCAUGACACCUGCAAUGAAUAAGAAAUAUCGUGCUACGAAAUGAUAAAAAUACCAUAAUGUAAUUGUAAAGUUAUAUGCAUACUACAUUUCUUUAAUUUUUUGCAUCUGUUAAAUUUUUUUAUUGGUUUCAUUAGGCAGUGUAUGUAUUGAGAGUGCAAUUGGCUCUUUUACUUAAGGAGAGUGUAUUUUCAUUUUUAUACUUUGUCUAUAAAUUGUAAGAAGUGUGAUCAAAAUGCAUGUAGGGGCUUUAGAUUGCCCUUUGUA